AUGGGCCUUGUACAAGGCCCAAUCUCUUAACCAUUAACGGCAAUCUGAUGACGUCAUUUGCAUUUUGAGCGCCUGUCACGUAUUUAAUUCAAGUACCACUUGAUUUACCAAUAAGCUGGCGUUGUCGGCGCACGGAGCUGGAGUAUACCACGGUGAGUAGAGUAUACGUCUCGAAUUGAGUUUUUUUCUGGUUGUGGGAUAAUGAUGAGUUAGAAGUAUAAGUGAUCUACUUAUUUUGUUUCAAUUGGUCAUGCCUCGGCUUUGCUGUGUCAUUUGCGAAAUAUAUAAUACUCAGGGUACAGUUUUCAGCUCGUUGCGGGACAGCUCGUACACGGAGGAGGUGGCCGAGGACUCGGAGGGCGUCGCCGGCGCAGCCGCCGCGCAAAUCGAGCUCACAGCGCUCCGAGCUGUCAAAACUCCGAGCUGGGGGAGGCCCCUGCAGAGGAGCCGCUGCCGAAGGUACCGGCCGCUGCUGAUGACCCGAGCAGGCGUCCCCGACGACAAGCAGGACGAACGGCAGGUGGCGCCGCUGGAGGAGCACCACGUCAACGAGUCCUUCAUGCGGUACGGUACGCUGCCCAAAGGCGCGCACAUCGGCGCCUUCCUGGACUCGCUGCGGGAGAGCGGUUUGCGCGGCAGUGCGGAGGGUGGCGAGGCGGCCGCGGGAGCGGCAGGCGAGGCCCGCGCCCUGCGCAGUCACACGGAAGCAGAGGGCGUGCGGCCGCCGGCAUCCGCCGCCGCCGCCAAGAAGCCCUCAGCCAUGGUGCGGUCCAACUCGUCCAACAGUGAGUUUCAGAGACCGCGGCUGUCGCGGCUCAGUCCGCUAGUGUUUGCCGGCGCGGCGGGGACGGGGCCGGCGCGGAGUCGGCGACCGACCGGCGCCGGCCGUCGUCGCGCCAGAAACUGAAACCUGCCGAGCUGGGGUUUCCCCCGCCGCCGAUGGAACUGCCGCCUCCUGACGGCAUCGGGGCCGACUUUAUC